CCAAAAUGGCCAUCCUAUAAACAGGAAUGUUGCAAGUGUUGCUAUCGUCGUAUCGGCCAGUGCUGACGUUUGGUACAUUCUCCAUUUUUUGUGUGAGAAGUAACUCUCUUCAGAUGUAUAUUCUUUUCAUUGUACCUAUUUUUUUAAAUCUGUGCAUCAACAAGACAGGAAGUGCUAGGCCUAGUUCCUUCGGUGAUCUUUGAGAGAUGACACACCAAGUUCAAGCCUGUCUUGCAUGUGCUGAUGAUGAGCUGCUCCACAUCAUGAUAUUAAGCCUCAGCAUACAUUAAGCAAACUGAAGACAUUCGGAUAUUGUAAUAUACUUCUUGAGAGUAGGCUUCCCAGUUUCCCCCGUUCCAAGAUGCAUUCCCGAGCCCGCAUGUUACUGGAGAAGGAGUACACUCUUUUACAGCGAGAUCCAGCCUGGGGAAUUGAAGCAGAACCACUGAGUGAUGACAAUUUCUUUGAAUGGGUAGCUACAAUCCAAGGUCUAAAAGACACAAUUUGGGAAGGUGGGGUUUUUGCGAUAAAUCUGAGGUUUGAUGAGCACUUCAACAGUGUUCCACCAGUGGUGCAUUUCCAUACUAUUCCAUUUCAUCCAAACAUUGACAUGAACACUGGUCGUCCCUGCGUCGACUUCCUAGAUGAUUAUAACACAUGGAAGGAAUCGUACAGUCUGCUGUCCGUACUUCUUGCUAUACAGUGUCUACUAUCUUACCCCGUUCUUGAGGCUGCGGUCAACCCAGAGGCUUGUAGCAUCUUGCAAGAGUCACCAGACCUCUACCGACAGAUGGUGCUAGACUGCGUCACCGCCAGCCAACGCGUUCACGCUGGGCAGAGCCUUCAGGUCGAGGAUGCAAAAGUCCGCUUUGAGGAGGGGGAGGAGAACCAGCUAGCUGAUCGGCCCAAGUCCAGCCAGGCAAGCCAAGUGAAGGUGUCCUUUGAUGAUUACCUGACAACGUGGAAUGGCAUUGCAACCAGCAAAGCGGAGCCCAACAUGAGAAAUCCAUUAUUAGAAGCAAUCAAGGAUGACCCCAAGCUGCAAACGGCUCAUUUCGGUCUUCCCCUGGAGGAACUACAGCAACACAUGAAGAAACAACUACAGGAGCACAAUUCCUUGAUGUAUGGCAACUUUGCCGCCAAGCCCAACAAGGCAGAUUCUCAGGAGAGAAAGCUGGACCACAUCAACAAGAUGCGGAAGAUAUACCUGCCCUCCCGGAAAAUAGUGCCUCCACCCUCAACUGCCCAGAGUGAUACGGGUGACCCUUGGGAGAAAGAGGUGGACGACCUCGUGGAAUGGACGGCCAAUCUGGAUGAAGGGGAGCUGAUGGAGGAAUUUUGAAAUGAAGACAGAGUUUUUUUUACUGAAUUCUUCCUAUUAUUGGAACCAAGGAUUCGAGUGUCUUGAGCCUGUUAAGAAUGACGACAAAGGAAUGUUCAGAUGUGGAAAUUAAGGAAAAUGCUCCAGUGCUAUGCAUGCGUGAGGGGCAGAUGCCAGUGAGGACAAACCCUAUCUACACCGUUUGACCUGGGCUGAACUUGAACCUGGGAUUAGGAAUGGACGCGUUAACGCAGGGAAACACCAGGGUUUUGAUGGAGCUCGUUUGCUGUGCAAAUGAAGUCCAUAGACCAUGGCAGUACAUUUGGUGCCAAAAGCCUUACUUUAAAAGUCCACACACAUCAUUGAAUCACAAGUAUAGUUUGUGUGUGACCUAUUUGUGAAUGACCCCCUUGGGAAAUAAAGAGCCUACCUUAACCACUCUCUAUUAACUGAACAGCUGAAAACAGAUCUGGAAACUGUACUAUUAACAAUGCCGAAAGUAAACAUGAUACGUACUGUAUUUUUUAUUUUAUUUUUGUGAUACAAGUUGCUUUCUUAAGUGUGUGCAAAAGUCUUCACGAGAUUCAGUUGGAUGUGUUCUGAAGUUGGCAGUUUUUACAGAAAGUAUUCAGGUUUGGCCGUUUUUUGGUCUGAACAUCAGGGGAUCCUUGGAACCAGGGCAAUCCUGUACUAAAACGUAUAGCUAGGCUUAUGUUAUUUUAGAAGAUGGAAAAUGUAAAUAGUAGAUUUAAUUAUAUGUUAUGUAUGUAUAUUUUGGUUGGAAACAUUAAAA